GAGAGUCGUGCCUUCCGUGUGAAAAGUGAAAUUGUAGCGCUAAAAACAAUAGAAAACGCAACACUCCUCUCAGACAAGUAUUUUGUACCAUUUUGAGUAUAUGGAGGAUGUAGGACAAAAUCCGAGAUCACUAGGUACUUGUCCACCUUAUCUUUCAACAACACAUCAAAACAUCUCUGGACGAGUAUAAAAAAAUUCAAGGCCAGGGACAAAGUAACAACUGCUCAUUUGGUAAAAAUGGCCCACUGGUUUCACAGGAACGUCCUCAAGGCGACGACUAAUCAUAAAUUCGAGCUAAAACACAGCGAUCCAACCGAUGCUACAAGGAAACUAUGCAGUGAUUUACGUACCUGCCGAAGUCGACUGUUGGAUCUUAUUAAAAAUCCCAAUAACACAAGCACGUCUGUCGAGCCUGCUUUUGUAUCGUAUUUAGCUUUACUUUAUGGUUUUAUCUGGGAGGUUGACGCUGGUGAGGAUAACAAUGAACCUAUUGGCAGGCCAAAUCCUAGCAAGCUUAGAAAUGCGCUCGUAUUCAAGUGGACUCAAACACUUUUGGGUCCAGGAACUGUAUCCUUUGCUGACUCUAUUUAUGAAGCAGCAAACAUGAGCAUAAAUCUUGGCUUGUGGUUCAUGAAACAUGCUGCUAUGAUAGCUUCUAAAAAUGACAUAACAAUGAAUGAAGCAAAAGAAGUACAUAGCAUGCUCAGGCGAGCUGCUGGAAUCUUUACUUUUGUACAAACAGAAUUUCUACCCCAAUUAUCCAACCCACCUCCACUUGGCAGUGAUUUAGAUCCUCGGGUGAUAAAUGCAUAUGUAAAUCAGUGUACUGCUGAGGCUCAGGAAGUAACUGUUGCCAGAGCAGUAGAAUUGAAGCAUAACUCUAAUUUAAUAUCCGCUUUAGCAAAUGAAACAAGCAAACUAUUUAUGGAUGCUGCAAACACUCUAAGACCAUUCAAACCUGAAAUUUCAGGACAGUGGAUUAAGUACCUAGAGCUUAAAUCAAUGUUUUACCAAUCAUGUGCUUACAAUUAUUGCGGGGAAAAUUUAUUGUCCAUGGACAAAUGUGGCGAAGCAAUACGAGCUCUGAAAGAAAGUGAAGCUUGUUUGACUAAAGCAAAAACUCUUUGUCAAGAGUACGGAAAAACGAAUGGACCGGCACCAAGAAUUAAGCCAGACCAACAUGCUGUUUUCAAACGUUUAGCUCCUCUUGUCAAACGCACCCUUGAAAAGUGCGAGCGCGAAAAUAGUUUAAUAUAUCAUCAUUCGGUUCCUCAAGAACUACCUGCUCUAGAUACAAAAGCGACAUAUGGAUUAGUUAGUCCAAUUAAUUUCCAGAUGCCCGCUCCCAAUUCAUUAUGGAAUCUCGAUAUAUGUAGAGCAUUAACAGGUUUUGAAACAGCCAAAAUUGGUAAAGAACAAGAUUUACCAGCAGUGAAAGAAGAAGAAAUUCGACAAAACAACAAUGACCCUAAAAAUGAAAGUGGCUGUACUUUGCAAUAAUAAAAUGUUAGAUCGUUUAUAAGUUUCUAAAAAUUAUAAUUUUUUUAUUUAAGAACUAUCAAAUCAGUAAAGUUUUGAAUAAUUUAUGCUCGUAACUACGUUUCGAUUAUAAAUAGAAUGAAAAUAUUAUUUA